AUGAUGUCAUCGAAAAGUGAAUUAACAAAAACAAUCGAAAGUCAGCAAGCACAAAUAGUGCGCCUUGAAAAACGUUUUACUGAUGUUGUUACUGCUUAUAAAAAUUUAAAAAAAGAAAAAGAUGCACUCGAAUCAACUGUUCGAGUACUAUCAUCGACAUCAGCACCCACAACCACAACUGGAGAUGCAGCAGCUUCAGAAAAUGAAUCAAAUUUAAGUACAAAAGAGGACAAUGAAUCUGGUAGUGAAGCAGAAACGACACGUGCAUCAUCUGAACAACAGAUAUUUCAAGGAAAACUUAAUACAUUACAACAAAAUGUCUCAAUUCUCGCAGAACAAAAGCAGCGUAUGGAACAAAUGUUUCAAUCCGACAAACGCAAAAUUAGGGCUGAAAACGACGAAUUGAAAAAAUCACUCGAAGAAGCAAAAGCAGAAAAUAUUAUCAAUAAAGAAAAAUACGACAAUGAAAUUAAAGAAUUGAAAAAAUUACUACGCCAAUCUCAACGUGAUCAUGAACGUGAAGCAGCCGAUUAUGGUGUUAUGAUGCGUGAAUUACAAACAAAUCUCUCAACGGAACGUAAUAAAUCAGAAACAAUGGAACAUCAAUUUGAAGAAUGUCGUGCAAAAGUCGUGACUCUUGAAAGUCAAUUGGAUACAGUAAGAAAACAAUUGCAGAAUUUAAACAACCAACAUCAGACAAAAUUAAAUGAAUUCAAAGAAAAAGAUUCAAUUGAUCUCGAAGAAUUGAAACGCUUGAAAGAAAAUAUUGUUCAAUUGACAUCAAAAACAAAAGAUAUGGAAAUUAAACAUGCUGAGCAAUUACAAGUCGAAUCUAAACGAAAUCAACAAUUAGAAAAAAAAUUAGCUGAUACACUCAGUGAAAAUGCCCAAAGAAUGUCAACAAAUGAAAUACAUAUUGCUGAAUUAUCCGAACAGAUUGGUCUUAUUGAAAAACAACGUGCACAAGAUCAAAUGUCCAUUCAACGGUUAAAAGAACGAAUAGCUCAACUUGAUGUUGAAAAUGCUCUAUUGGCAAAAGCUUCAUCGUCAUCAAUUGAACAUGAUAUUACUGAUCAAACAAAUGAUGAUGAUAAUCCUCAAGAUUUGGAUACAUUAUUGCAACGUAUUGCUAAAUUAAAAGUUUUAAUACGAGCUGCAAAUGAUCGCUUUGGUAAAUCUUUAACAAUUGAAGAUAUUCUUAACAUUGACCGUGAAAUGUCGUCGCCAUCCACAACAACAACAACAAAUAAUAAUGGAAUAAGUUUAUCUCCAGAAAAUAAUAAAAUCCUGCAUAGUAAAUGUUACGAAGAAAUUGAUCGACUUAAAAGUGAAUUAGAAAAAUAUCGAAGUAAAACUGUUGCUGUAUUUAAAGCAAAAAGUCUUAAGGAUACAAAUUCUACAAAAGAAAUCGAUGAUCUGCGCAAUCAAAUCGAUCAAUUACGUGAAAAACUGGCCCACAGCCAAGCAUUAUAUAAUUGUGAAAAUGAUCGUCAUGUACAAGUUGUUGAAAAACUUGAAGCCUGCUUAAGUAAUAUUCAAAAACAGCACCGUCAAGAAAUGGAACAUAUCUUGAGUAAAAAACGUGUAGAAUUAAACGAACUCGAAAGUGAAUUAGACAAGCAACGUGAACGUACCAUACGUUUAUUGAGUGAAAAAGAUCGCGAAUUAGAAGCUGUGAGAAAACAAAUUCAACCGACAGCAAUUAUCGAUAAUAAAACUUCUCAUUCAUCAUCAGAUAUUCAAUCCAUUGAUGAAGCGCCAACUAUAAUAAAUGAAUUAUUUUCUCAUCAUCAUCAUCAUUCUUCAUCGACGAUAGGCGGUCCCAUCAGUCCGAUACAUGCAGAUAAUAAUAAUCUUCUAUAUUUUAUUCAAGAACAACAAUUACGUGAACAAGAAGUCUCAUCGUUAAGAAAACAACGUCAUGAACUUGAAGUAACAAUACGUGAUUUGCAUAAUAAAUAUUCAUUUGAAAUCAAUCAAUUGCAAACAACAAUUGAAAAAUUAAACGACGAUCUAGAACAUAUGAAAUUAAGUACACAACGAAACGAAUUAUUGACUAAAAAUGAGCAUAAUAUUGAUUACAUAAAAAAUGUUUUCUACCAUUAUUUACUUGCAAAUGACACACAAGUAAAGCAUACAAUGGCAAAUGCACUAAUGACUAUUUUACAUUUUUCAAUCAAAGAAAAAGCUAAAGUUGAAAGUCUAAAACAUACGAGUAGUUUAACAAGUGGUGGUUGGUUCAAUUAUAAAUAA